GAAAGAAUAUAUAGAGAGGAUGGAACCAUGGCAAAUUAACAGUUCAGUGACAGAACACUGUGAUACACAACAAUCUAUUGAACAACAUCAUGCUCUCAGCACUCAAGUUUCAGAGAACCACAAGGCACUUUCUCUGCCUGCGACGUCUACAUAAAUCUGCAGUUGAAGUGCAGGAAAGGCCUGCCCCAGAGGAGACAGUCACCAGCAGUUUUGGAGGGUUCAUCCACUCUGUGCACCCAGGCCAGCUGUCAGACACUGUGCUGCACCGCAGUAAGAGGAUGAUCCUGGACAGCAUCGGAGUGGGGAUGCUGGGAAGCAGCUCCCACGUCUUCGAGCUGGCUCUGCAGCACUGCCAGCAAAUGUAUGCUCCAGAUUACAUCAGUUCAGUCUUUGGUCGAGGGGGCACAAGACUCUCUCCCAGUCUGGCAGCCUUUGUCAAUGGAGUUGCGGUCCAUUCAAUGGACUUCGAUGAUACCUGGCACCCAGCCACACACCCCUCAGGGGCGGUCCUUCCUGCCCUGCUCGCUAUUGCUCAGAUGUUACCUGGCAACGCCAAGCCCAGUGGGAUGGACCUCCUGUUAGCCUUCAACGUAGGCAUUGAGAUUCAGGGCCGGCUCAUGAGAUUCUCCAAUGAAGCACAAAACAUCCCCAACAGGUUCCAUCCCCCGACUGUAGUGGGCCCUCUGGGUAGUGCCGCUGCCUGCUCCAGUCUGCUCUCCCUGGAUCGCUCACAGUGCUCAAACGCCCUGGCGAUUGCUGCCUCGCUGGCAGGAGCUCCCAUGGCCAAUGCUGCCACUCAAUCCAAGCCUCUUCAUAUUGGGAACGCAGCCCGACUUGGCCUAGAGGCGGCACUGCUGGCAUCCCGGGGCCUUGAGGCCAGCACGCUGAUCCUGGACUCGACCCCAGGCUGCGCUGGCUUUAAUGCCUUCUAUAAUGACUACCUGCCACGGGCACUGCCCUCCCCAGUGGAACAGGAUCCCCGCUUCCUGCUGGAGGACCAGGACAUAGCGUUCAAGCGCUUCCCUGCACACCUGGGUAUGCACUGGGUGGCAGACGCAGCAUGCUCAGCGCGGGAGCUUUUGGUCAACACCAUAGGUGACUUUAACCCCUCUAUGAUCCAGAACAUCCUACUGAGAAUCCCCCUCUCCAAGUAUAUCAACCGACCCUUCCCUGAAUCCGAGCACGAGGCCCGACACUCCUUCCAGUUCAACGCCUGCACUGCUCUGCUGGACGGCGAGGUCAGUGUUCAAUCGUUCAGCCCAGCCUUCCUGGACCGCCCCGAGCUGCUCAGCCUCCUGAGUAGAGUACGGGUCGAGCACCCCCAGGACAACCCUGCCAAUUUCAAUAAGAUGUACGCAGAGGUGCUGGUGACCCUCACAACGGGCGAUGUCUUUAAAGGUCGUUGUGACACCUUUUAUGGACACUGGAGGAAGCCACUGAGUCGUGACAGUCUGCUGAAAAAGUUCCGGGCCAACGCUGGGGCAGUCCUGCCAGGAGAGAAGGUGGAGGCCAUCAUUGAUGCUGUGGAGAACAUAGAAGACAUGCAGGACUGCUCCCACCUCACCAUGCACCUGGAAUGAAGUUCUUUAUGACAUCCUGAAGAAACUUGAAAAAAACAAUAUGAAAUCAUUGGGGAAACAAUCUUUAUGCCAUUUAUGUUUUG